CGUAAUCCAAGAAUAUAUAGGAUAUAUAUCAAUUCAUAUUAAUUAAUAAAAACAUGGAACCAGGCGGCGAAAGCACACAAUACGAAUCCAUUCGCACCGUGACCCAAACACCACCGAAGCAAAAGGGACAGCUUGGGGAAUAUCAGAAAAACACCGUCAGCGAACUCAGAAUUCUAUCUGGUGGUGAUAAGGAUAAUGAAGACGAUAUCCAGAGGGAUUCAAAUCUGAAUGACCCGCAGUUUCUGGGAACUACGACUAGUGUUUCUGGAGAGGUUGAUAAAGACUUGAAACCUGAUGCAAAUGGUGGUGAGGAGGAAACGCGCCGAUCGAGAACGGUGCAGAAGUUGGGGCCUGAGUCUGGGAUUGGAGCUUAGAUGUUGACUUAUUGGGAGAAUUUUGGAGAAGUUGCGGGAAUAUUGAUGAUGGAUGGUUUAUUGCGUUGGAGAAGUGCUGGAUGAUGUGGUCUUUGGUGGAUUGGCCUCUUUCUCCAUUCCCAAUGGAAUCGCUCUU